GCAUGAUGUCUCCCCCUGAACUACUUGACAGGCACCUGCAACUCGGCUCAGACAUCCAUAACAAGGAGCUGACCAAGCUGCCAUUGACUUGCAAAGAGACGACCAACUGGACGCACUUUGGAGGUUUGCCUUGUCCAUAUAUAUUGUUGGAACAGUUGAGGCGACAACACUAGACACAUUUGUGUCUAUUGCCUCAAGCCUUCAAACCCCUAGUGCAUAAUUUCCUCAUCACCACCAGUAACAGAAACAUUGCAAAUCCCAUCUACAUGCAUAGGAGCCAAAAUGAUCAAUAAAUUGAUCGUGGGCCCUUAAGAUAUAGAAGAAGAUAUCUAUAACUGCAAUUCAUACAUGGUUUAUCAAGAUGGUAUUUCCCAUACUUUUCCUUCCAUGCAACUCCAUGACAUUCUGAAACUUACAUUUACAAUUUAAGUCAAUGCAAAAUAUCUCCAUGUGUGCUUCAAGAAGAGAAUAUUACCAAGAGAAAAAGCCAAUUUUAAUAUCAAGGAAUGAGAGUAUGAUUCAUACAUCCAUUAAUAAGAGAUUCUCAAAAUGCUACAUUGCUGAUAAAUAUUCACUCCAAGUAAGCUGUCCACACAACCUUUUUAUUGGUUGGGACCUUAUUUUUUGUAAAUUAUUCAUAGAGAACCAAGUCUGGGCACCAUUGCUGUUAGGAAAAAAUUCAUAGAAACCUAAGUUUGUACACCACAGCUCUUAGGAACAGAUUGAGAGAAAAAAUUGUUAAGUUGUCUGUAUCAGACCAUCUUAGAUGCAAAUUUGCUGUAAUUGUGUAUAUCAGACCAGCUAGAUACAAAAAUACUGUAGCUCUCUGUCUUAGACCAUCUAAAUACAAAACUGCUGAAGCUGUCUGUAUCAGACCAUCUUAGGUACAAAAUGGCUAUAGAAAUGAAAUGUGAAACAACUCUGAAUAUUUAAUUUUCUUGUUUGCAUUCAGGUAACCCACCAGUUGAUGAGGUCAACAUUUUGAGAACUCAGGGCAUGCUGUUACAGAAUCAGCUCAUGUAUGAGCGACACAAAUGCACCAACCAUGCUAAACGGAAC